CAUAUACACAAGACAAGAUGCGCACAACAACCCUGAACAUCCUACUCGCCAUAAGCGCAACAACCACCCACGCAAUCCACUUCAACGGCCCCGUCGAAACCCCAGCAUCAACACCCACCGCCGACCUCGCAGCCUCAGGCUGGUCCCCCGCACCGACUGGCACCACGCAAUCCCUAACCGACAUCUUCCGCCGACAAGCAGCCAUCGACGACGCAAUAUGCGGAUACAUCGACGGCGAUACUUCCCGCGCCGUAUCCUGCACCCUAGGGGACUGCUACUACAACACCAACAUAAACUGGUUCGGGUGCUGCACCGGAACGCUCCGCUCCGACUGCCAGAUCUCGACACGCUGCGUAGCCUCCGCAUCCGUGGCGUCGUGUCUGGAUGACCCGGAGUGCGUGAACGAUGGCCUGGUGACGGCGUGCACGGCGUCGAGUCGGGCGUUCUGCGGGACGAUGAGGAGCGUGGUGGAGGGGGGGACGGUGACGCAUCUUGUGUGCGCCGCGGCGGCGACGACUGUUGAUUUGUUUAUGCAGGCUUCCAGUGUGUCUGGGCUGGUUUCUUCGGUGGGUGUGGAUGCGGGUAAUAGUACGGUUGUGUUGGCUACGAUGUCUUCGUCGUCGAGGAUGGUGUCGUUGUCGGGGAUUAGCAGUGCGUCGGCGUCUGCUUCGUCUUCUUCGUCGUCGUCGAGGGCUAGUGUGUCGAGUGUUCAGUCGACGAGCGCGAGCAGGUCGGCAAGUGCGUCUCAGAAUGCGGUUACUAGUGCCUCGUCAGCUGGUGCUAUGAAGACGGCGCAGGCUGUUGCUGGUGCAGGAGGUCUUGUGGGAUUGAUCGCUUUGUUCUUCUAA